AUGGCCAACAAGCCCGACUCAACUUCAAUAGUUAGUAUGAAUUCUCCAACAAGGAAUUCCCGUGAUGAUUUAUCUAUGCUGGAGCAAGCAAAGAAAACAGUUAAACGCGUAAUGAUUGCCAAAAUGGUUUCAAAGCCCGAGUCUCCUUCAAUCUAUCAGUGGCUUAUCUAUGUCGUCUGUCAGUUGGUCGGUUCAACGCUUGCAUGCCUAACCUUGAAGUUGUUAUUCAAUGGGCAACCUGAUAUACUUCCAAUUCUUACUCAGCACAAAAGCUCAUGCUCAACUAGUGAUGUUGAAGCAAUAGCGUGGGAACUCAUUAUCAUUUUCAUUCUAAUGUUCGUCUGUGCAGCAAACAAGGCACUAUCUGGGGUGGCAAUUGGAGGUGCAGUCUCGUUUAAUGUCAUCAUAGCUGGGCCCAUCACUGGAGCUUCAAUGAAUCCGGGAAGGAGUAUCGGAGCUGCAAUAGCCGCUGGUGCCUAUAAAAACCUUUGGGUCUACAUCGUGGCACCCGUCCUUGGCUCCCUGGCUGCAAUACUGGUAUACUGUCUCCUCCGAGUGCCAGAGUCAGAAAAGGAAGAAACUAGCACCAAUGUCAAUCAUAAAGAUUUUUACUUUCAUCCUGAUGUAUGA